AUGGAUGCCUUGGGUCCAAGGGGAGGCAGCGCCCCUCAGGCCUCUUCCACUCGCAGCCUGGACCUGCAGCGACUGUCAUUGCGCUCCGACUCAGCCUACAGCUCUUUCUCCGCGGUCUCCGGCGGUCCUGAGCCGCGCACGCCGCCGUCGCCCGAGGCCAACACUGUUCCUUACCUAGACAGGGACUACGUGCGCUUGGUGUGGGGUGGCCCGGCCCCCACCCCACCUGCCGCUGGCCCUCGCACGUGCCCUCGUCCCCAGCCAGCAGCAGCCGCACUCUACCGGCCGCGCCUUCCAGAGAUACAGGGGACCCCGGGGGCGCUCAACAGACAGGCCACCCCGCUGCUGUACUCGCUGGCGGCGGAGGCUGAGGCUGAGGCCGUAGCGCGGGUUGCGGAGCCGCCCAGCCCACCGGCCUCGCGAGCUGCCUAUCGCCAGCGGCUGCAGGGCGCACAGCGGCGAGUGCUGCGGGAGACGUCCUUCCAGCGCAAGGAGCUGCGCAUGAGCCUGCCCGCCCGCCUGCGGCCCGCCGCACCCGCGCGGUCUUCCAUGGCGCAUCUGCGCUCCGCCUCGGUCAGCCACCCGGCUGGCGAGGUAGAGCGGGCGCGCCCCGGGGCUCCAGUGCCGAGAACCGCCGGCGGAGGGUGCCUAGCCAGCCAGCAGCGGAAGUGGUGCUUCUCAGAGCCAGGGAAGCUGGAUUGCGUGGGUCAGGACGCUGGGCCCGCAGAGGAAUGCUCGGGUGAGUCUUGCUCUAGCUCAGGCCUGGCCAGGCCCAAGCCCCAGGAGCUGCCGCAUGGGGCUGAGUUCGAAGGCCGCCACAUCAGAUGGCUGCCCGGGACCCAGCCCCGAGGCCCACUGGACCCGGACCUUGGCUUCUUGAAGCUACAUGAGGCCUACAGGCCUGCCAGUCGGAGUCAGAGCACUUCAGGCGAAGUCUUGGGCCUCUGGAGAGGCCCAGGUAGGGUCACACCCAUUGUCCAGGCCAUUCCCCCAGGAGCAGAACCCCCCAGACCAAUGUGUCAGACCAAACAUUCCAGGUUCCUGACUCAGGAGGCGGUUACAGUGGUGUGUCCUGCAGAAGGCCCCCAGGACAGCCCUGCUGACUGUGAGCAGAAGGUCUCAAAGACUUGCAUUGUGUCUGCCCGGCUCCCCUCCCUGUCUGAUGAUGAAGUUUUCCUGGAAGAAGCCCCCCUGGUCAGAAUGAGAUUACCUCAAGACUCCUGUGCCCUCCAGGGGCUCCCAACCAGUGCCCAUGCCUCUGAUCAACAGUAUGGAGCUGGUCUAGACCAAAGGGCUGGCCAGGCUACAGUCACCCCAGAAUACCCUCUCCAUGAGUGCCCAGAGGCUGCAGGGGCAGACGGCUGCUGGCAAGGGGUGAACAGUUCUGUGGGUGACUCCAGGAUCACACAAUGUAACACCUCUGGAACUGCAAAUGGUGACAUUCCCACCAGUGAUCCCACCAGACUGCUGACCACUGACCCCCCUGCGGAUGCAGAGAGUGACCCCCUUAAACCUCUCCCGGCUGAUUGCCUGGAACCUGCAGGCAAUGAUACCCCAGGACCUCCUGACCGCACUGCCCUAUCCUGGGGCACUGGCAAACCUGGUUCCAGGCCACCAUGGCCCAGUCAGCGCCUCAAGGAUCUGGUUCAGGAGCUGGCCAGGCUGGAUCCCUCUCUAAGUGACACCCUUGCCCCCUACCCCAGCCCAGAGCCACCCCUGGAUGUGCUAGAUGGACUGAUUCCUUUAGCUGAGGUCUGGGCUGCAAUGGGGCCAGCCUGUGGGGAGGCUGACGAGGAGGCUGCUGGUACUUCUGAGCCACGGUCCUGUCUACUCAGCUCUGCCCAGCUCCUGACAACUUCUCAGGAGGAGACAAGGGCUGAAAACUCUACCAUGCACCCUGUGCCUCACCAGCCAUAUAGUCAGGGGCCUCCUGAGCCAACCAGCAGCAUCCAGGCCAAGAAGGCAGAACUCGCUGACCUCCUCGAAAAGAUGCUGCAGGACCUUCAGGCUGAACAGGAGCGGCUGCGCAGGACGGCCCAGGCAUGCGCCAGGCGCAGAGCAGCUCUAGAGUCUGUGGUGGGCCAGGCCUGUGCACCCCGGGAGCUAGAGCGGUUCAGCAGGUUCAUGGCCGACCUGGAGCGCGUGCUGGGCCUUCUGCUGCUGCUGGGCAGCCGCCUGGCGCGCGUGCGUUGUGCCCUGGUCCGGGCAGGCUCAAAUGGCAACCCUGAUGAGCGGGCCUCUCUGCUGCAGCGACUCAGGCUCCUGCAGCGACAGCAGGAGGACGCCAAGGAGCUGAAGGAGCAUGUGGCGCGGCGGGAGCGAGCCCUGCGAGAGUUGCUGAUGCGAACAUUGCCCACGGGGGAGCUUCGUGCCUACUGCGCCCUGCUGGCUGGCAAGGCCGCUGUCCUAGCCCAGCAGCGCAGCCUGGACGAGAGGGUCCGCCUCCUCCAGGAUCAGCUGGAUGCCAUCAGGAGUGACCUUGGCCAUCAUUCCCUGCCCUCCAGGCUGGCCUGGCCUCCAGGGACCCAACCUCCGGAUAAACCACCGUUCCCACCCCCUUUCAUCUAG